CCCAUCUCUCUCCCUUGGCGAUACCAAUCUCCCAAACAUAGCUCACACUUUCACUUACGACACACUCAUGACCCGUUAAACGACGCAUUAAGGUGACCAUCCCUCGGUGUCGUCGCCGGAACAAAGGACAACCCAGUACAGACCAUCGCACUUGAUCAACAACCUCGAGCGACUUUUUCGGAAACGACAUGAUCGUUACGCCCUCGUACCACCAGUACCACGACAAUCUGGACGCCAUGCACCUCAGCGGAACUACUCACGACGCACCGGGUACCAUCCGCCCAGAUACCCUCGCGGUACCGCUCAACGUCGUCUCGAGGAUCCCGGUACCGGCAACCCGUUCGACCAUCAAAUCGACGAGCCCAUCGACCUCACGCAUCUCUCCCUCCUCGUCAACUCACACCAGCCCGCUGAUCACGAGGAAACGAUCUGGCACCCUCGGAGAAGGUUUAACGACCCCGACCCCGUCCUACCCGUCCCCUUCAUCAACAUCCCCUUCGCCCCGCAUCGACCGGGACGCCUCGAGCACACGCCGAGCUCGGACCCGAUCCACCCCGCUGAGACCGACCUCGACCGACUUUUCAUCUUCUCCCAGCACCAAGAUCCCGGUCCCGAGCAAACGUACCCCACUCCGCUCGCAAACCGGCUUCUCCCCCGAGUCGAAUGCAUCCGAGACGUACCGCUUUCCCACUCCCAGCCCAGACCUCGGCGCCUCUUCCAACAGGUCCUCGCACUUGUUUGUCGACCACAACCCGUCACGAGACAGCCUCAACCCUGCCGACCUCGACUUGAAGCUGUCGAGAUCGUUGUCGAGCGACGUUCCCGAUCUACAUGUCGUCGACCACAACAUCAAGGACGAACCUGCGCCGUUCUUGGUCGAGCGGGACAGUCUGCAUGGGAACUCGGUCGGGGGAAAUGAUACGAGCUUGCCAAGUCGAUCUGACUCGCCAGCAGAUUCGACAAACAUACCGUCAGCAGUGGCUGCACAGUCCCCCGCCGAGGUGCCUGCCGUGCGGAGACGAGCCGAAACGAUGGCUCCUACGACCUCGUCCAGUCGAAAUAUAAGCAACCAGGCUUCCACGCCUACGCCCACAGCCAAAGACAGGACCACUCGGGUCCGGCAGACCGGCUCGAAAACCUCGACUCCGGUCAAAAGUUCGCUAUCCACAAAGUCACGGAACAACGCAUCAAAUUCGCCAUCCCCCUCGACACUGACGCCGACCCCUACAGCUUCGACACGAACCACCCGUCAAUCUACCGCCAGCAGGACAACCACACCGGUCACCCGCCGUCUGAGUCGAGGUCCCGACUCGACCCUCGCUCGCGGCUCUCCUCGAGCCGUAUCUCCCGGUGGUCUGAACGAGUUCGGCAAAAUCACCAACUCUCCCUCAACUACUAGUAACCUGGCCGAGUUCCCCGAAGCCUUCCUCGUGCCGUAUAUCCCACAGCAGACCCUGCCUAAAGGGGUGCGGCCGGACGAGGUGCCUAUCCCCGCAGUCGAACGCCGAUUAAUGAGGGAAAGAAUGGCAAAGGACGGUCUGAGAGACGACGAAUUGGUGACCGUAUGGGGCCUUGACGGGACACCUUUGAUGGUCAGCAAGGCUAGUAUCGCGGGAGGUCUGCCGAGUGGGAUCACAGAAAUUCAGCCUGCCAAGCAAACUAGCGACCCGACAACGUCACUCGCCCAGCCCAUUCCUCAAGACGGUCUCCCUCGAAGAUCCAGCUCGAAACGAUCCGUACGACGUCCUUCCAAUACAGCCGAACCCGAGACCGCCACUCAACCUCGGCCCCAGACGCAAACCCCGCCUGUCGACCCACCUAUUCACCUCGGACCACCCAUGCUAGACUCCGAACGUUGCAAACCGUCCUUGACUUUCGCCCACUCGGGGUACCUCUCGCCGGACGUUCCCGAUUCUCCAGCUCCGUUCCAGUCGGACCGGUUCGUGCCCUUCGAUCAGCCGCUACCCACCUCUCGCCAGCCCUCACCGUCGCAGGCGGAAGUCCGAAGGAAACCAUCGCUAUUGAGGAAACCUUCCGUCUCGUCUCGACAACGCUCCUUGCAAUCCUUGCGAGAACGCGAACGCGAGCGCGGAGACGAGAGGGAUCUGACGACCAUCCGAUUGGAGGACCUGCGACCGUCACCGUCGCCUAGUCGAGGACAGCGACAGCCUUGGGAAGCUAGCGUUGUCGCUGGACCUCCUCCGGGCGGCAAGACGCAGGCUUCUGGGGGCAAAAGAAUACGCGCGGAGCCCGAGGGGCACGGAAAGAAGGAAGGGUGCAAGUGCGUGAUCAUGUGAGGCUGGCUAGGAAGUCGGCUUCGGUUAACACGACAUGGCGAAGCACGGAUCUGGUGACUGGUUGGAAAUGGAAUGGCAGUGAACGACGGGAACGACGAUUAUCACCCCAGACGAUUAUAGAUUUGAUCCUGGGGCACGACACAGACGAUUAUACGGCUCUAUAUGUUUCUCCUCUCAUUUCGAUCAUAUUUCUUAGAACUUUACGAAAACAUACGAUGCGAACAAUUUCGACUAGCCUUUUCGCGUAUUCUCAUCACGACCCAUGUAACUUUGUCUCUACCGAUACCUAUCGAUCGUAGCAUAGCAGUGUAGAUCCUGCUUGA